UUUGAGUCACAAUUUGGUUAAGAAAAACAGAGAAAACUGAGUCAAGAAAAUGUUGUCUCCCGUCAACAGCUUCCUGUUUAAUAACGUUGAUGGUGACCAUAACAUCAUCGACAACUCGCAGGAUCACAGCACAAACAUAGGCCCUCAGGCCCGCACUAAGACCACAAACAUCGGCUUUGGAGCUGGAGCUACCAACAGUGGCCCUGGUGCUGGCGGAGUCAACAACAACCAUGGCCCUGGUGCUGGCGGAGUCAACAGUGGCCCCGGUGCUGGAUCCAUCAACGCUAGCAGCAUUGAAGGAGGAGUUAAAUUUGGGUAUGGUGAUCCAAUUCCAAAGCAGUAUCAGUACUCUGCUCUGCCUACUGUGUACGCAGAUAAUCAAAUGGGAUCCAUACUUGAUUCCAUGCUGCAUCGUGGCCCUUCUACUUGGUUCAAUCGCAACCUGGAUUUUGAUUAUUACUCCAAUUAUCACUAUAAAUCAGCAGCUGGCUCAGGUUAUAUUUUGGAUUCGAUCACCCCCUAAUGUCACAAAUGGAGAAAUUAAAGUAAUACGGACGGGGAAUAAGCUAGUUUUAUUGAUUCCAGACUAAAUUAUCAAUGGACUAGAAAUGGUCCAAAUUUGUUUUCUUGUUGGUAGCAAAACCUGCAGGCCUUAAAUAAGUGCCUUGUUUUUAA